ACCAGACCAGUCCAGUCCACUUCACUUUAUUUUCUUUCUGGCGUGCUAUCUAACAAUAAAUACAUGCACGUGUAAAAAUGCGUAUAGAAACUUGUUAUUUCUGCUCCUCCAGGAUAUAUCCUGGCCAUGGCAUUCAAUUUGUGAGAAAUGAUUGUAAGAUUUUCAGAUUUUGUCGAUCGAAAUGCCAUGCGGCGUUUAAGAAGAAGAAGAACCCGCGUAAAACGAAAUGGACCAAAGCCUACCGUAAGACUGCAGGCAAGGAGCUGGCUAUUGACCCAUCAUUUGAGUUUGAAAAGCGUCGUCACGUCCCAGUGAAAUACAACAGGGAAUUGUGGAAUAAGACCAUAGAAGCUAUGAAGAGAGUCGAGGAGAUAAGACAGAAGAGGUCAAAUAAUUACAUCAUGCAGAGAUUGAGGAAGGGACGCGAAGUCGAAUGGCAGAGGGAUGUCAGAGAAGUCCAAAGGGAUAUUUCACUUAUUAGAUCACCAGCUGCUGGCCUCAAACAACGUGCAGCUGAAGAAGAAGACAUUGAAAUGGUUGAACCUGAAACCAUUGAGGUUGUAGACGCUAAAGGCCGCAAGCAGGUCAUCGAGGCACCGGUCAUGGUACCCGCGACCGGGGAAAUGAUAGAGGAUGGAGGCGAUGUGGAGUUAUAAUUUUCUAGUUAUACAAGUCUUGAUUAUACGCAUUUUAUUUUUAUAA